GGUCUACCGCAACUUGCGGCCUCCGAUAAAAGAUACCUCCCUUAGGGGCGUGUUGCCUUUGGUGGGCGUCUUAUAUACACGUUGCCGCAAGGGCGCCGCAUACCUGCUGUGAACAUCGUUGUGGGUAAUUCUCAGACUUGUGCCGGGCAACAAGAGGCUCCAUGCCUGGCGUCGGACGACGCAGCGGGGCUAAUGCGUGGUCGGCACGCAUGCCCCUGCUACUUCUGUCGAUAAUUCUUCUGUCUAUGACUGGUACCGAGGCCGUGGGCACCAUUAAGACCGCGACUUACAAGGGUACCCUCAAGCACAAGGACAGCCACAAGCGGGAUAUCUGGAACCUACAGCUCAGCAACGGCACGCUGCUCACGCUGCCCGCGCAGCCGGUGGACGCCAGCCUGAAUCCCGUCAAGCCGCAGAGCCAGAUCAGCCUGACUUGCACCUACAACACCACCACGCCCGCCACCUGCGUGAGCGUGUCCUCCGUCACCGUCACGCUGUCCGCGGCCCCGGUGAAGGCCACCGGCAUCACCAUCAAGCUGCUCGUCAUGGUGCUCAGCCUGACCGGCAGCUGCAGCAAGACCGGAGCGUCGACUUCUGCCGUCUACAAUGCCUACAUGGGCACCCUCGGCUAUGCCAACUUCCUCAAGAACUGCAGUUACGGUUCCAUGGUGUACGACACCUCUGCGUUCAAGGUGCUCUCCACCCCCGUCUCCUGCUCCUCCUCCAUCCUGUCGUGCGAUGAGGAGGCCAUUGCCUCGGCCGCUCAGGCGUCCGCGAACUCGCAGCUGGGCUCCACCGCUGUGAGCCUGUUCACGCACUACACCUACGUGCUGCCCAACGGUCUGGUCAGCAAGUGCGGCUGGGUGGGGCUGGCUGAGCUGCCUGGCAGCCGCACCUGGUACACGCCCGACAGCGAUGGUGUGUUCCGCAAGGGCACUGUCAUGCAGGAGAGCAUCCACAACUUCGGGGUCUACCACGGCUGGAAGGACGGUGUCGAGUAUGCCGACUACUCCACCUCCAUGGGUGAGGGCAACAGCUGCCCCUCCGCCCCCGAGGCCUGGCGUCUGGGCUGGAUCAGCCUGGCUGCUCAGCUCAACAGCAGCUCUUUCCCCGCCAACGUAUACCAGACCUACAGCCUGCCAGCCACCUACCUCACCAACAAGGGAGUGGCGAUCAAGAUCCAGCCCGACUGGAUGGGCACAUCGUACAGCAAGAACGUGUACCUGGCUCUGCGCGUCAACGGCGGUGGAGAUCUUGACCUGGAUGCGCAGUUUAACCAGAAGCUGAACAUUCACGAGCUCGCCAAGUCCAUUGACAACAACUUCGUGGCCUCGGGUGACCCACGGGUCAGCAUCAUCGGUACUCUGGCCGAGCGGCAAACCACCACCAUCUCAGCCUACAAGCUGUCGGUUCGCGCCAUUGCUCUGCAAUCCUCCGGCACGGUGAUGACGGUGCAGGUGUGCCGCUACACCUCCGCCGCCACCGACUGCAAGGACACGACCGCGGCGUCUCCGCCGCCCCCCUCGCCUCCUCCCCCCUCGCCUCCUCCUCCCCCUCCUCCUCCCCCCUCGCCCCCUCCUCCUCCUCCCCCCUCGCCGCCGCCCCCACCACCUCCCAAGAUUUCUCCCCCGCCGCCCAAAUCCAACAGCCCCAACCCUCCCCCCGCCAAGUCCCCUCCCCCGCUCAAGUCUCCUCCGCCCCUCAAGUCUCCUCCGCCGCUCAAGUCUCCCCCGCCCCUCAAGUCUCCACCCCCAUUGCGCUCCCCGCCCCCGGUCAAGUCGCCCCCGCCCAAGCGGUCCCCUCCGCCCCCUGUCUCCCCGCCCCCGCCGCCCCCCCACGUGCCCCCGGAGCCAUUCCAGGAGCCACCACCCAGCGACGCCCCAGAUGCCCCGGCCCCGCCCCUGGAUGCCCCGCCCCCAGAGGGCGCGCCCCCGCCCUUCGAGUACAUGGACAGCUACGUUUAUAAUGGUACCGGUGUUCCGUUCGGCUGCUUCCCCGGUGCUGACAUCGCCGGCAACGCCAUCUCCACCCAGGGCGGUGUGACAAGUGCCAGGGACUGCCAGGGCCGGUGCGUCGCCACCACAGGGUGCCUGGUGGGAGUCUGGAGCAAUAGCACCAGCACCUGCGCUCUUCGCUCAACCGUGUUUGUGGGCAAGCAGGGCGUUACCGGAUACAACAGCGGCGUAGAGUCGUGCCUCGCAAAGCCUAACGAUGGCGCUUUUAUGUGUUUCAAGAGCACGCUGCUGCCCGGCACGCUGCUGUACGACCCGUACACCACCCCCCUAACCAACUGCUCCGCCUCCUGCUACACCGACAACUUCUGCACCUACUUCUUAUACCUCUCCACCGGCGGCAGCAACACCAAGGGGCAGUGCCUGCUCAUGGCAGACCUGUUCAAUGGCCCCAGCUUCCAGAACUAUGGCCCCAACCCCGUCUCCGCCGUGACUUACGCUUGCAUGCUUGCGGGCGAGGCGGCCGACGGAGCCGACGACACCAACUACUACGGCUUCACCACCGGCGCACUGCCAAAGACCGCCGGCCUGGCCUUCAAUUGGGUGAAGCCGCCGGCUGGCGCGUUGGCCAACGCCCUGGGACACCGCCGCAGCAUGCAGGAGCUGCUGGCCACGGUGGGGCAGCAGGCGGUGCGUGUGGGCGGGCGCGCGAUGGCGGCUGGCCUGCGGAUGAAGAAGCAAAGCACCGCGUGAGGGAACAGAGUGAAUUUUUAUCUCACUUCAACAGAUGAUGUAGUUAAUCGCAUGAUGACCAUGAUAGGACGAGGAUGACAUCAUGGUGCUUUGUAAGUUAUUUUUCUUAACGGGGCCCUAGCCUUGUAAGAUGUUACUGCCGCUGUUCUUGUUGUGUGGUUUCCUCGUCAGGUCUUUUGCCGGCUGGUGUACUUGCAACGUUGUAGCUAAUUUGCUUGUUGUCAGUGAAAUAUAUUUGGUUCCUCUGGCGUCAUAACUUCGUCAUAUGCAAAUGUGCGAUACAAAUGUUGGUUGUGGUCCUAGCCGGGUAGGUAUGCGGCCAAACGUGCGCUCAAGGCGAUAAGCGGACUGCCAUGCAAGCAGGCGUGCGCGAUUAGUCACGGCUAAAUCAAGGCGGCCAUAAGGCGAUCUCAGCGACUUCUCUGGUUUUGCCUUCGAUGCUAUUACAUGGUUACCGGUAUGCGAUUCACAAUUUCCUUUGCAACAUAGUAAUGCGUUGCUCGUAACCGCCAGGCUUUGAUCUCUGCAGGAUGUGCGGAUUGGGUCUUGGGUGGCGCGUUCAUUCAUAUCGUUCAUAGAUUCACUUACGCGGUGGCUAAAGGAGUCGUGUACUGCUGAUGUGGAAACACUGCAGUGGAGUGCUGCCGUAUCGUACACGGGAGGCUCCAUGCAAGGCUGUUGGCGGCGGCUGCGUCACAUUGUACUGCUCACUUAGUUGACUGCUUACCGCCUUGUUUCGCAAGGUGCUUGUGUGCCUGUAUGGACAUUUAGUCGUCACCAUGUAACAGUGUGUGCUGCUCCCAAUCCUCUCCAGACACGUGAAUGUGGAAAGCAACCACGG